UGGUUGUCAAAACAAAUAAAAGAAAAGUUGCAAAACGGAUCGAAUUUUCAGAUCUGAAUUUGUUUGCUCUGUGUCGAGUUUAGGAUUCGUCUGGUGAUAAAUGUUUAGAUUUUCGCGUUAAACCCAACUAAAUUCAUCUUAAAGUUAUUCAAAAUGCCGGAGGAAACAAAGUCAGAGGGAGAGAUCGAAAAUGUUCGUGUCGUCGUGCGAGUGCGUCCGAUGGAUAAAAAUGAAAUCGAUUCUGGAUCACAGAAUAUUAUCAAGGCAGAUAAGUGCAAUCGGUCCAUCACGGUUUUUAAGCCCAACGCCAGCCCAAGUGAACCACCUAAAGUUUACUACUUCGAUAAUGUGUUUGGAGAAGAAUCGACUCAGGUUAGUGAAACGUGCAUAUAUUAG